AUGAAUAUAUCAACCGUAGUCACCACUCCUAGCCGGCUUCCGCAUCUUCCACCCCAAGAAUGGUCCCACUCGAGAAGCCAUACCGAACCACUUAUCGGAAGCCCAGAGAGAUCACAUCAAGCGCGUCUGUCAAUUGAUGCGUCACCGCGUCAACCUGCAAUCGAAAAAAACAUCCUCAAUACCACACCCUCGCCUUCCAGGCCACAGAAGAAGCGCCGCAGCACAACUCUAACCUCGAUACCUACAAGCCAAAACCAAUCCAAAAAGAAUCCCAUACUCACUAAAUCGCCUUCCGUACCGACAUUCCACGUCAAACCUGAUCCUCGGGAUUCCGAAUCUGCUCCCGCAGUUCCCGCUCCCGAGUUGUGCUCUGCGACAGUGGGAGCGCCGUUACUGAGGGUGCCUUCAAACGCGUCGACGGCCGAUAGCCGAUCCCCUUCUCAAAGGCGACCACCUGCCUCCCACAGCAGCUACGGGGUGGAAACAUCUAAUGGACCACCACCCUCCUUCACUACGCAGCGCACUCUGUCGCAAGAUCGUCUUUGGAAACCUUCUCCUCCCGAAAAGUCAAACAUUGCACAACAAUCAGGUGCUGGGUCUUUUUACGACGAGUCCGAUUCACCUCCAAGAAACAUACCUUCAAUGGACAAGGACGAGGUAGCAAAUGAUCAAGGGGCUGAUUUCAAUCAAGAUGACUUGGACAACACCACUACACCGGGCAGGCAGGUUGAUCAAUCAGCUGCAGGUCAAGACAUUGAUACAGACCCCGGUACGGCUGGACAUAGCACAGAAACUUUAUGCACUGCCCGAGAACACCUUAGUCCAGGGAUGGAGGUACAGUCUGAUGGCGAAGGGAGAAAAAAUUCUGGUGCUGAUGACCAGAAAAGUGAUGACUUAUUCCUCAACCUUGCACAGAUUGAUGCAGGUAGACAAGAGUUGGUGCUUCGAUCUAAGAGGCGUAAGUCAAGAAUUGGGACUUCGUACACAACUUCAUUAAGCAGACCGGACGAUAAUCCUCCAACUGAAGCGACUCAGCUACCAGAACAGAAUCAGGUUGGACAUGACGCACUCUCGCCUCGCACUGAUCUGCAUCAUCAGCCAAACAAACGUCAGUCACUCAGCUUCAGGUCAAUCGCCAGAUCUGCGCAUCCUUUGGACGAACCAGGACGCCAAAGAUACUUCAGCGCUGGGACGAAGAUGCACCCCACCGGCAACCAUAGCACCCUGGGGAGAGGGGAUCGUGAAGCAUCUCCUGAACUUCCUUACAAUAGGAGCGAGAGAGCUACCAAUGUCGAUUCUGGGACCAGAUCAUAUCGACGCUCGAAUCUGUCAGCUUUUCGGAGUGACCGCAACGUGUCGACUUCUGAAUUGCAGGAGCGAGCACGCUAUCUUGAGCAAACUACGGCACGCGUUGAAGGUACAGAGUCAACCAUGUCUACUGCGGCGCCAUCCACCGUGUGGGACGAGCUUGACGAGCUAAAGUCACGAAUCAAGAAGCUCGAACUGACAGGCAAGUUGCCUUCUUCCUCUGCAGCUGCCAUGUCGCCAGCCGAACGGCCCCGAACCGCCACCACCACUAUCACAACAAUGUCCUCCUCACCAAAACGUGGCAAAGCAAACAGUUCACCGGACGAAUCAGGAAUCGAUGGAGUUUCUCUGACGGUGCAUCCUCUGCUUCAUGAAGCAGUCCAGAAAGCUCGACCAAUGCUAAGCGCUGACAUCUAUCAGAAACUGGAAGCUACAGCCUCUGAUGCAUUGCAGCUUGCUUCGGUAAUGGGAGCAGGACUGCACCCUGGCAGUUCGUCGGUGAUUGGUGCAUCCUCUUCCGCAGAACGUCAACUGCGGAGAAGAGCGGAUAGCAUGUGUAGAGGUCUGACCGAGCUCGCUAUCGCCCUUUCUGCCGGACCAAAUCCACCCACCUCGUUACACCCAUUCAGACCCAGCAGCCGUGGCGCCUCAUCUAACCCCAGUCACACUACUCCUCCUACGACCAGCUAUAGCUUAGAUUCCGCUUCGCGCUUCAGUCGUCGCUUAAGCAUCGGCCCUGAGGAUGCUCGUCCAUCAGCGAUGGCUCGAGCCCAGUCUCGCCUAGAGAGUAGAAGAGCUAGUCUUCUCCACAACAGCAUGUCGAAUUCACCACAAGAGAAUACUACUCGGGAGAUAGCCAUCCGGACACCUUCCGUGGCGCAGCCUCAGAAUCAGAUGCAACCCAACUCGUCGAGCCGGCUCAACCGCGCUGCGACACGUCUUCGUGGUCAGCGUGCUGCAGGUGCAGUUGAUGGCGUGGACGACUCGGAGAAUGAACACAGCCCAUCUGUAAGACCUGUCAGUCGUGCCAGAACCGAAGUCAGUCUGAGACAUCGAAGUGCGAGGGAUCGAACAAGUAUAGGAAGAGAAUACACUAGCUCACAUCCAUUGCCGAGCUUUGUCAGGAAGGGGAAUGACAUUCCUGCAGACGCGUCGCCAUCUGUGAUUGCGAGCUCAGGUUUGCCGACCUGUCGAUCAUAUGCCCCUUCAACUGCCAAUGUUGGAAGCAGUAACCUCAACAGUCCUACAACACCCAAAGAUAAUAUCCAACCUGUUUAUCGUCGUCGUGUCUCCAAUGGAGCGACAAGAGAAGCUUCAUCGUAUUUCAGUUCGACUGAGCAUACGCCAGAGAACGUUACUGUACAAAGGAGUAGUGCUUCCGGAUCCAGACGAUCUCUGGGCCUGACAAGCAGGCUGGGCCAGGUCGGUAAUUUCAUGAAUGGUCGACUCCGAGCUGCCAAGAUGGAUCGAGAGAGGCAGGAAAGCUUGCAAAGCCAGCAGAAAACCCCUUCGCCGCAAAUCACUCGCCAACACUCUCGCCAGGACCAGGAGAAGGCAGGUGUGUACUGA